AUUACAUAACCCCUAAAAAAUGACAAAACAUUAUUUUUCGUCAUAAUUUAAAUUAACAAUGUUAAGAUUACGAAAUAUAUCGAAAAUACUCUUAAAAUUCCCAAAUUUAUUAUUUCGUACAAACCCAAAAUUAACCUAUUAUAAAAUUCUCGCUUUGAGGUUAAUCCAAUCAAAACCGCUAAAUUUAUAUCACACCUUUAAAAAAUAUAAUAUUUAUCACCCUAAAACGAGCAUCCUCAUUUCAAUUUCUAUCUUAGGAUGGCUCGGUUUUAAAGAUGAUGACGAAGAAAAAGAAAGUGAGUUAAUCCUAACAUUAAAAAGAGCGGUUCUUUGCACUCAACGAGAACAAUAUGACACUGCAGAGCAGCUCCUUCACAUUGCCCUAAAAAUUGCUCAAGAACAACAAAACAAUCAAGGGAUAAUUUAUUGUUAUGAUUUAAUGGCUAAUUUAGCGUUUACACAACAACAACUCAAUAAAUCAGAAAGAUUGUUUAUCGAUGUUAUGAGAAUGUUAUUUACUAAUGGAAUUGCCGAAGAUGAUCUUAAAAUAAUUCAUAUAAGUUUAAAAUUAGCUAGAAUAGCUCAUUUAAGGGAAGAAAACGAAAGAGCUUGUUUGGGUUAUCAAUGGUGUUUAGAACAAAUGAAUAAAAAGAAAGAAAAUGAUGAAGAUACUCUUGGACUUCUAGGAGUUAUUCAUGAUUGGUACAGCCAAUUUUUAUUAGAUAGAGGAGAUGUUAAAGAAUCAUUAGUUCACUUAAAACAAGCGUAUAAAAUUUGUUGUGAUAUUAAAGGAAAGGAUGACCCUCAAAGUAUGUUACUUUUGAAUGAUUUGGGUACUACCGGAUGGAAAGCUGGUGAUUUAGAGUAUGCAGAGCUGUGUUUAAGUGAAGCUAUUAGUAUUGGAAGGAAUUUGGAGGACCAAAGUCAUUUGGGGGUGCUUAUAGCUAAUUUGGGGGUUUUAUACAUACACAAGGGAUUUAAAGAAAUGGGCAAAAAAUAUUGUAAGGAAGCUUGGCAAUUAGGGAAACAACAUGAUAAUCAGGAAAGUAUGGAGCAAGCUAAUUAUUGCUUUCUUCAGUUAAAAAGUUAAAAUUGAUAGGGUAAGAAAGGAAAUUAUUUAUUUUAAAUAUUCUAUGAAACGUCGAACUGAGUUG